AUGGCGGCCGAAAGCGUAGGCCUGGCAGCCUCGGUUGCCGGCCUGCUAUCUCUAGGCUUGCAGAUCACCGGCGGCAUCAUCAAGUACAUGGACGCCUUUGAGGGCCGUGACGAUGAACUACGAAACGUCAAGAAACAGAACGACAACUUGGCAGGCACACUCCGUGCGAUGAAGACGGUGUUAGCUGGUCUGCAAGGCCAAAAUCUUGCAGUCACUGCUGCAGUUGAUCAGAACAUACGAAGCUGCGAGGAGGACCUUCAAGCCAUCGAAGCUCUAUGCAUCAAGCUUUCUGAUCGCGCCGGCAGCACCUGGACGAGCCGGCUGGAGAAUAAGAAGAAGAAGGUGACUUUUGCGUUUCAUCGAAACAAACUUCGAGACCUUGAGCUACAGCUGCAAAAGGCUCACUGUACUCUACAGCUGAUACAGAGUAGCUUGGGACUGUAA